AUGAGAGACAGUGUUUCUACCGGGGAAGAGAGUAGACAUGCUGUGGCGCAGCCAGGGGAUGGCGAUCGCGAUGUGGCUGUGAGGUAUAAUAUGCAGGAUCGACGCGUCGGAGACAUGGCAUCCUCCGGGGCUGUUGGUCAGGAGCGCGCAGGUCAGCAUGCGGACACGCGCAGCCUUGCGGACAAGCACAGUGUUGCAGACACCCGCAGCCCUGCGGAACCGCGUAGCCCUGCGCACCAGCACAACGAGUCCGGCGCAUCCAGCGCCGCAGACCCCAGCGGAGAAGUCCACAUGGCCAAGCGCCCGGUCUCCAAGAGGGCAUGUCUUGCAUGCCGUGAGAAGAAAAUCAAAUGCGAUGGUGAGAUCAGUUACAGCGUUGCGGGCGGAGCGGAGAGUGACGGCGGAAAGGCGCCAAAGCGCUUCACUUAUAAGAAAUGCACCAAUUGUAUGAUGGCGGGGAUAGAAUGCGUGUAUGUGCCAAGCCGGCGUGGAGGGCGCAGGAAGAAGCACCACAGCCACAGCGCGUCUCUGGAGGAUGCGCACGCAGCGCAUGCCAAGCGGCGGGCGGGCGACAUUCGCAUGUCCGACCCGCGUUUCUAUAUGAGAGGGCCUGGCGGUAUGCCGCAUGCGCCUGCGCCUCCGCCGCCACCGGGAUGGGGAUUUAUGGGCGGCUACACCCCUCCUCCGCCACCGCCGCCGCCAGGUGGCGCAUUCUACCCUGGCGCAUUCUAUCCUCAGGGAUAUGCGCUGAAUCCAGGCGCAUAUUAUCCAGGGUACGCAUCACCGCAGGAUGCGUCUAGAAACGGGGAAGACGACGAGGAUGACGGUGACGCAAGGGAGGGUGGCGCUGUGGAUCACAGGAAGGCGCAGCGCCCUGUUCUUCCGCCGCUUGACGGCCGCAGUAAGCUGUUCAUGCGCGGCGGCCCAUUUGCGCCUCCUCCGCCUCCGCCGCAUUUCCAUGUGCCGCCUCCGCCUCCAUUCUUUGGUGGUGCGGAUAUGCGGCACCGCGGUCCGCCGUUUCCUCCGCCGCCACCUGGACCGCCAGGGGGUGCACGCGGGAUGUUUUAUGGCUACCCGCCCAGACCGUUCCCGGCGCACCAUGCGCGUGAUAGCCGCGGUCUGAUUUCGCGGGGUGACAACGUUGAUAUCAUAGACGCAGGACCGGGCGCAGACACCCUGCGCAGUGGCACAUUCUCGCGGUCGCGCCGCACGAGCAGCGCCAGCGACGAUCUCCCGGGCUCUGACUCAUACGGGAAGCGGGAGUCGUUCGUGAGCGCCACGUCGGGUGCGGAUGCGCAUGCGGCCAGCGCCACCUCACUUGCGCACUCGCGCAGCGCCCGUGCGCUGAAGAAUACGGACACGGAGCUGCCGCUAUUUGUCACCGAGGAUGGAUUACAUAAGGUGGGGCUCCCCUCCUUCGGCACAAUUCUCGACAUUGUCGACUUGCACUACAGAUAUGUUGAGUGCAACUUCAAAAUUCUUCCAAGUAGGCAGCCGUUCGUCGAACAGAUGGAAAUUUCUGCGCCGUUUGUGUCGCUGCUUGCGGCAAUAUUCCAAAGUUCUAUUAACUAUUGCAAAGAAGGCGCAGUCGAAGAAGCGAAAUUUCUGGAUUUGCAUUACUGGUCCGCGCUAUAUGAGCGCCACAGGGACGUUGCCUCACUCCAGAUGCGCCUAUCGAUUUGUAUUCUGGGCUGUUUCCGGGGCCGCGAUGAUCUUCUGAAUGAGUCUUCACAAAUGAUAAAGGUGAUGAAGUGUUUGGACUGGGGGGACAUCCGCAGGGGAGGGUGCGCUACAGCGCAUGCGGGUGAUUCAAAGCCUGCGCCGGGCGCAUUAGCUGCGCUGGCCUCUCCAAGCGUCUUCUGCCCUACCACACACCAGGCGCUUGCCGCAGAGUGCUUUAUCCGGACGUUGUGGGCCGUUUACCGCUUUGAGAUAUUCCGGCGCGUGCGGGAUGGGAAUGCGGCGCAAGGUGCGCAAGGUGCGCAAGGUGAGCAGGAUGCGCCCGACUUCUACAACAGCACAUUAACUUUGCCAUCUUCAGACGCAGAUUACUACUCUGCAAUCGACAACCCAAUGGGACUUGUUGCUUAUUUAUCAUCGAUCGAGAGGAAGACGUUGAAGGAGGCGGUGAAUGGCGAUUUUACACUUUUCACUGACAGUGCGGCAACGAUUAUUUGCUGCCGCUUUUUAGAGCAGGCGCUGGAUUUGGCUGCGCCGGCGCAGGACCCGGCGCUCGAGCGCAACAUCCUCAGGCUGCGCCGGUGUGCUGUGCUGGCGCCUUACAGGGUUAGCAGGGGCGGUGUUUUGACGCUGGAUGCGGACAACGCACUUUCUUGUGCUGUUCUCGAUUUGGCGCUUGCGCUGUACCACUACCGGCGCUCGGGCGCACUUGCGCUCUGGCCACUUGCGCGCUUGCCGAGGGGCAAGGCGCCUGGCGCACCUAUCUUUGAGCGCACGUACUCCAAGAGUGAAGUAAUCGACCAUGUGGCUGCGGGAAAAUGCACAAGUGAGCACUGGGAGAACUUGCUGCAUGCGGCGCAGUGGGCGCUGGACGUGCGCCAGCUUCUAAUGCUCGGCAAAGGCAUCUUGCCGGAUGGAACCAAGAAGAGCGCAAUCGUUAACUCGGAUGCGCGGUAUCCGGCGGCAGUUACCGACGUUCCGAAGGAAAAUGAGGUGUGGGCGCAGCUGCCGGAUUUCAUACAGACGGUUGCGCUGGAUGCGGCGGUGAUUCUUUCGUGCUUUGCAAUGUACACAGUGGCUUUCAAGAUUAGUACUUUGAACAAUCAGAUAGUCAUCGAGGACGCGGAUUCCGGCGCUGCAGUAAUAGCUAGUAUACCAAUCGAGAAUACCGAGAUGCGCUCGUGCGCCAGCCUUGCGCCACUGGUAGGCGCCACCAUGGAUGCGGGUAAUGCGCAGGAGCGGCCGCAGGCGCAGACGCGCAGGGUGCUGCGCAUGAUCGAGCAGAUUAACGAAUAUAUUCGCGCAUCCGCACAGUACUUUGAGGAGCUCCGUAAUGUGGCUGAUGAGAUUUCGCGGUUUGUGGCGCAGCUCGAGCAAAGCUCAGAUGCAUAA